AAAAAAAAAAAAAAAAAAAAAAAAAAAAAAAAAAAAAAAAAAACAGAUAUAAUUAUUGAAGCACGACAAAAAAAAAAUGUUAAAUAGCCACUCAAUGAAUUCAUAACCAUGCAAAGAAAGCACAACAUGAGUGAUUAAUAGGUAGAACUCUGGUUGUUCUGAAAGUGAAGAAUGACCAUGGAGGAAACUCAUGGAGGAAAUAUUAUGAGAAGCAUAAGUAGAAGUGUGAGUAGGCGAGUUGAUGGUGUGUUCUCCGUGAGCAGCAGUCAUGGGCGGAGCAGCCGUGGCUCUGUGGCGGACGAAGAGGCCUUGAGAUGGGCUGCUUUGGAGAAACUGCCAACCUACAACCGCAUACGAACAACCAUCUUCAAGAACUUAAACAUUUCAGCUCCUGAUCUACAAAACCAAACACCAUCUGAUACUUUACUACUAAACAUAGGAGAGCUCGAUGCGAAAGCUCAUCAAAACUUCAUUGACAAGAUCUUCAAGGAUGCUGAAGAAGAUAAUGGCAGGUUCUUGAAAAAGUUCAGAGAUCGGAUUGAUAAGGUUGGCAUCUCUCUACCAACUAUAGAAGUUCGGUUUCAGAAUGUGACCAUAGAAGCAGAUUGCUACGUCGGUGAUAGAGCGCUUCCAACGCUACUAAAUGUCGCUAGAAAUUCAUUUGAAUCGCUUCUGAGUUCUGUUGGAAUCAAUUUGACUAAGAAAGCCAAACUCACCAUUCUUAAAGAUGUAUCAGGGAUAAUCAAACCUGCAAGAAUGACACUUCUGUUGGGUCCACCAUCAUCUGGGAAGACGACUCUUCUAUUGGCUUUGGCAGGAAAGCUUGAUUCUAGCUUAAUGGUUGAAGGAGAUAUUACUUAUAAUGGCCAUAAGCUAAAUGAAUUUGAACCAAGAAAGACCUCUGCAUACAUCAGUCAGUACGAUGUUCAUGUUGGAGAAAUGACUGUCAAAGAAACCUUUGAUUUCGCUGCAAGAUGCCAAGGAGUCGGAUCAAAGAUAGAAUUGUUGGCGGAGCUAGCAAGAAGAGAGAAGCAGGCAGGAAUUUUCCCAGAAGCUGAUGUUGACCUUUUCAUGAAGGGAACUGCCAUAGAAGGAUAUGGAAGCAAUUUGGUUACUUACUACAUUCUUAGGAUAUUGGGCUUGGAUAUGUGUCGUGACACCUACGUCGGUGAUGUAAUGAGAAAAGGAAUCUCUGGUGGACAAAAGAAGCGAGUCACUACAGGAGAGAUGCUUGUUGGACCAGCAAAAACUUUGUUUAUGGAUGAGAUAUCCACUGGUCUAGACAGCUCAACUACAUUUCAGAUAGUGAAAUGCUUGCAACAAAUUGUACACUUCACGGAGUCAACAAUCUUCAUGUCCCUACUACAGCCUGCUCCAGAGACUUUUGAUCUUUUUGAUGACAUAAUAUUACUAUCAGAGGGACAAAUUGUGUAUCAAGGACCACGAGAAAACGCGCUAGAGUUUUUUGAGAGUUGUGGAUUUAGACUCCCUCCUAGAAAGGGCACUUCUGACUUCUUACAAGAGGUCACCUCUCGAAAGGAUCAAGAGCAAUAUUGGGCAGAUAGAAGCAAACCAUACAGAUAUAUCCCAGUUAGUGAAUUUGUUGAACGAUUCAAGAGUUUCCAUGUGGGUAUAAAGCUAAAGAAUGAACUUUCAAUACCUUAUGACAAGAAUCAAAGCCACAAAGCAGCUUUAGUCUUCAAGAAAUAUUUGGUCUCCAAAAGAGAGCUGCUUAAGGCUUCAUGGGAUAAGGAAUGGCUACUGAUCAAGAGAAACAGCCCAAUUUACAUUUUCAAGACUGUACAAUUCACCAUAUUAUCUUUUACUAUUAUGACGGUGUUUUUUAGGACUAGGAUGCACACAAGGAAUGAACAAGAUGGCUCAACCUACAUUGGAACACUUGCCUUUAGCUUGCUGCUAAAUAUGUUUAAUGGUCUUGCUGAAAUUUCCCUCACCAUAAUAAGGCUUCCUGUAAUUUUUAAGCAAAGAGACCUUUUGUUCCACCCGCCAUGGGCAUAUACAUUUCCAACAUUCUUGCUCCGCGUACCAAUAUCUGUGUUAGAGAGUACUCUUUGGAUGGCCAUAGUAUAUUACGGUGUUGGCCUUGCCCCUGAAGCUAGCAGGUUCUUCAAGCACUUCCUAUUAGUUUUUAUGCUCCAAAAUGUCGGAGGGGGAUAUUUUAGGUUUAUUGCUGGAGUAUGUAGGACAAUGAACAUUGCAAACACAGGUGGAACCCUUGCACUUCUCAUCAUAUUUCUUUUAGGUGGUUUCAUCAUGCCUAAAAGUCAGAUUCUUGAUUGGUGGGAGUGGGGAUAUUGGGUGUCACCCUUAUCAUAUGGCUUCAAAGCUUUUGCAGUUAAUGAGUUUUUUGCACCUAGGUGGAUGAACAAGAUGAGCAUGGACAAUGUAACUAGAGUGGGCAUUGCGAUACUAGAAAACAUGGAUAUCCCAACUAAAGAAAGUUGGUUUUGGAUUAGUAUUGCCUCUCUUGCAGGUUUUGUAGUUCUCUUCAACGUCCUCUUCACUUUGGCUCUUAUGUAUUUAGAUCCCCUUGGUAAACCACAAGCAAUCGUUUCAAAAGAAGAAACCACAAGGAUGGAAGUUCGAACAGAAGGAUAUACCGAAAAGGAGCUUGAAAGAAGACGAUCAAACACCAAUAAUGCUAAGGCUCAUAAGAAGGGAAUGGUUCUUCCAUUUACUCCACUUUCCAUGUCAUUUAAUAAUAUGAACUAUUUUGUUGAUAUGCCCCAAGAAAUGCGAGAACAAGGAGUGACAGAAACUAGGUUGCAGUUACUUUGUGAAGUAACCGGUGCUUUUAGGCCUGGAGUUUUAACUUCAUUGAUGGGCGUUAGUGGAGCCGGUAAAACCACACUAAUGGAUGUUUUAGCAGGAAGAAAGACAAGUGGUUAUAUUGAAGGAGAUGUACGAAUAUCAGGAUUUCCAAAGAAACAAGAAACUUUUGCAAGAAUUUCUGGAUACUGUGAGCAAACUGAUAUCCACUCUCCCAAUAUCACUGUUUGUGAAUCAUUGAUUUACUCAGCUUUUCUUCGCCUCCCAAAAGAGAUAUGUGAAGAAGAGAAGAUGACUUUUGUACACGAAGUUAUGGAGCUUGUUGAACUAGACAACCUUAAGGAUGCAAUAGUAGGACUUCCCGGAGUUACUGGUUUAUCAACAGAACAGAGAAAGAGGUUAACAAUUGCAGUUGAGCUUGUGGCUAACCCUUCCAUUAUUUUCAUGGAUGAACCAACUUCUGGCCUUGAUGCAAGAGCAGCAGCCAUUGUUAUGAGGGCGGUGAGAAACACUGUUGAUACGGGGAGAACUGUUGUUUGCACCAUUCAUCAGCCUAGUAUUGAUAUAUUUGAAUCCUUUGAUGAGUUGCUACUAUUGAAAAGAGGUGGGCAAGUGAUAUAUGCAGGACCUCUAGGAACGAAUUCUAGAAAUAUUAUAGAUUACUUUGAGGAAAUUCCUGGUGUUCCAAAGAUGCCUGAAAAAUAUAAUCCAGCAACAUGGAUGUUAGAAGUCAGUUCAAGUGUUGUAGAAAGUCGUAUUGGGAUAGAUUUUGCUGAGCACUUCAAAUCAUCAGCAUUACAUCAAAAGAACAAGGAUUUAGUGGCAGAGUUAAGCACGCCACCUCCAGGAGCAGAAGAUCUUCAUUUUGCAACACAAUAUGCUCAAUCUACAUGGGGACAAUUCAAGUCUUGUAUUUGGAAGAUGUGGUGGAGUUAUUGGAGAAAUCCUGACUAUAACCUUGUCCGCAACAUCUUCACUUUAAUUGCGUCUAUAUUGAUUGGGAUAACAUUUUGGAAGAUUGGUGAAAAAAGAGAGAGCAGUAACAACUUAACCACGAUUGUUGGGGCCUUAUAUGCUGGAGUAUUCUUUGUUGGUAUGAACAAUUGCCAAACAGCACAACCUGUGGUAGCCUCGGAAAGAACAGUCUUUUAUCGAGAAAGAGCAGCUGGAAUGUACUCAACAUUACCAUAUGCCAUGGCACAGGUCCUUGUCGAGAUACCAUAUGUCUUUGUGGAAACAAUAUGUUACACUUUUAUAGUGUAUCCUAUGGUAUCAUUCGAUUGGACAGCACCCAAAUUUCUUUGGUUCUUUUUUAUCAGCUUUUGUUCAUUCCUCUAUUUCACAUACUACGGGUUGAUGACUGUAUCUAUCACACCAAACGAGCAAAUAGCAGCCGUAUUAGCAGUUCUAUUCUAUGGGCUCUUUAAUUUCUUUUCAGGUUUUUUCAUCCCUAAACCGAGAAUCCCGAAGUGGUGGGUGUGGUACUACUGGAUUUGUCCUAUAGCUUGGAGUGUGUAUGGGUACAUCGUUUCACAAUACCAUGAUGCAGAGAAUACGAUCAAAGUGCCUGGGAUGUCAUAUGACCCAGCCAUGAAUUGGUAUAUCAAAGAUCACUAUGGCUUUAGAUUAGAUUUCAUGGGCCCCGUUGCUACGGUUCUAGUUGCCUUUUGCGUAUCAUUUGCUUUAAUCUAUGCCUUUUGUUUAAGGGCCCUCAAUUUCCAAGUGAGAUAAACACACAUGAGCCAAUCUGGGGAUGUUUAUAUGUUUUGUCAAAUUCAACUUGAAACUUGUUUGAUAAUAUUUUAGAAUGUCAAAGUGUGAUGUCUAGAGUUUGUAAUUUUAACUUGCUACUUUGAUGUUAUUUCUUUCUAUGGAAUUUUUUCAUUGUUCACUAGGUUA